AUGCUGAUGAUGAUGGAGAACAGCGGCAUGGACGCGCAUCAGGUUGAUAUCGAUUCGGAAUUUGAGCCUCGUGGCCGGUCGCGGUCGUGUACCUGGCCGCCUCCUUGCGCGGAGGAUUUCCACGGGGGAGAAGAGGCGAUCCGGGGAGAUCUCGCCCUGGCGACUGUCAAAGUAGAGCGGUACAACGCGCCGGCGUGCCGGGCCGAGAGGAAAGGUGGCGCGCCGGGUGAGAUCGCGCACCCCGCCGGGGCUCCGGCUCCGGUCGCGGCCGCCCCCGCCUGCAUGUCCGGGGCUGCGCUGGACGUGGCCGGCCAGCUGCGCAAAGCCAAGUCGUCCAGGCGGAACGCGUGGGGGAACCUGUCGUACGCAGACCUCAUCACCCGUGCCAUAGAGAGCACCCCGGAGAAGAGGCUCACCCUGUCGCAGAUAUACGACUGGAUGGUGCGCUUUGUUCCUUAUUUUAAGGAUAAAGGCGACAGCAACAGUUCAGCCGGAUGGAAGAAUUCUAUCAGACACAACCUUUCCCUUCACAGUCGCUUCAUCCGGGUGCAAAACGAAGGAACGGGGAAGAGUUCUUGGUGGAUGCUCAACCCAGAAGGAGGAAAGAUGGGGAAAGGACCCAGACGACGCGCAGCCUCAAUAGACAACGGAACUCGCUAUCUGAAGACUAAGGGUCGCAUCAGUCGAAAGAGAGCAGGAGCCAUAGGUCUUAGACAAGGACAAACUCAAGGAGCUGAACCACCGAUGCAGGGCUCUCCAGAGCAUGGCAGUCCAGCAGGGAAAGGAGGUGUAAGUAUAGUUGGUGAGGAGUAUGACACCUGGACAGACCUCCAUUCUCGUACAUCAUCCUCUGCUUCCACAUUGAGUGGAUGCUUAUCCCCAAUUCUAGCAGAGACGGAGGCUGAUGAACCUGAGGAGGGGGAACUCUCUUGUUCAGCUUCCCCCCGGCUAUAUCCAAGCCCCACCAGCACGAGCUCUCCAGCCUUGGGUACUGGGAGCCACUGUCCCAAUGUUGAACUGCCUCAAUUGACAGACUUGACCGGGGCUAUUAGUAUAGGUAAAAAUGGCUACCCCCAGCCACAACAAAUCAAAUGCAAUGGUUACCCCUAUGUGCCUGGGUCAAAAUCAGAGGGAUCAUACUGCGGGCCCUUGUACAGACAGUCUUCCAUGGGCAUGCUUCGGCAUCACACUCCCAUGGAGACCAUCCAGGAGAAUAAGCCAGUCAACUUCCAGUGCCCAUUGAGGGGCUAUUCAGAGAACAAUGCUCUGCAGAGUCUGCUUACAGGAGGCCCUUCCUACUGCAGCAAAGACUCGAUGCGGGAAACACAUGCUCUAUUGACACAAGGGAAUGGAGUUCACAGUCAGCACAACCCCAGUCAUAACCACAAUCACAGCCAAGAGCACACUCACAAUCCGGCUCUACACAAGGGCCAUGGCUCAGUUCAUGACCAAAACACCAUCCACCACCAGAGCCACAAUCAGAGUCACAAACACCAAGCUAGCCUUGACUACAGCCACAAGCCCCACACUGCCCAUAAUUAUGGUCAGAGUCAUGAGCAUGGCCACAGUAACAAAGUAAAUCCUAGUCACAACCACAGUCCUCGCUCCAAUCAGAGCCAUUUGCACAACCAUGUAUCCCACAACCCUCAUAAUCCUAUGCACAGUGGGCCUCACCAUCAAGCUCUGUCUCCACGAGUGAGCAGUGACAUCCUGCAGCCCUACAGUCUGAAGACCUCUACCCAUUAUGCGCCACGCCCUCAUCUACCAAUAUCUCCUUCUCUGCCACCAAACCCUGCUGGCAUUAUGGAUGUUCCCCAGGACCCUUGCCGCCUAGCAUCAGCAUCACACCCGCGUCACCAAUCUUACCCAGGAGUUCAACACCAGGAUAUGUCUGACUCCUGGCAUGGUUACUAUCACAACAACCAUCCAGGUAAUGCUGGAUACCAAGGACAGCAGCAUAGUUCCCAUAGAGGAAUGGCUGCCCAACUGGAAAUGGAGAACAUCCCUAAUAGUGUAGAAUGUGAUGUGGACUCCAUCCUGCUCAAUGACUUUAUGGACACAGGAAACAUGGACUUCAACUUUGAUGGUUCUCUGUCUCAAGGGGUGGGCAUGGGGAUGGGCUUAAGUUUAGGGGCUUUUGCUUGUCCUCCACCAACACAUAGCAACCAGAAUUGGGUGCCAGGGUGA